AAAAAACUGAUUUGUUUUUUCUUCUUAUUUUUGUGUUCUUGAUCAGCUGAGAGCAAAUUCUUGAUAAAUAUUUUUUUUGGGGGUUCUGAAAAUUUUCCAUUUUUUUUUGUGGUGUAAUUGGGAAGAGGGAGUAAAAAUAAAUAUGUUAGGAAGGGAGUGUUGGUGUUGGGACUGGGAAAAUAUCUCUGAUUAUUACCCUGAAGUUGAACCAAAGAAAUUUUCUUUACCUUCACCUCUUCCUAAAUGGCCUCAAGGCAAAGGUUUUGCUACAGGAAGAAUAUGUUUAGGGGAAAUUGAAGUUGUUCAAAUCACCAAAUUUAAUACAAUUUGGGGUUGCAGCCCAUCAUUUGGCAAAUCGAACUGUGUUUCCUUUUAUAAGCCAGAUGAAAUUCCAAAAGGAUAUUAUAUUCUUGGUCACUACUGUCAGCCAGAUGGUGAGAAACACUUAAUUGGCUAUGUUCUUGCUGCCAAAGACCUAUCCGCUAACCAAAACCAGAAAGACACUGUCCGCGAUUCAGUUUCUAAGCUUCCUGCUCUUCAAAAGCCUCUGAACUACACUUUAAUUUGGAGUUCAGACUCAAUAUACAAUGGAAGUGCUUAUAUUUGGAUGCCAAAUGCACCAGUUGGUUAUAAGUCUAUGGGAUUUUUGGCUUCCGUUGAGCCUAAUGAACCUGAUCCUGAUGAAGUUAGAUGUGUUCGAGCUGACCUGACGGAAAAUUGUGAAGCCUCUGAGAUGAUGUUUAGUUCGGAUUCCAUUUUCCUGAAGAACCAAUUUCAAGUUUGGACAACUAGACCUUGCAAAAGGGGCAUGCUAUGUAAAGGGGUUCCUGUGGGGACGUUCUUCUGUAGUACAACAACCUUUAGUUCCGGAGAUGAACUCGAUAGUGCAUGCUUGAAAAACCUCGACUCUUCUCUACAUGCAAUGCCCAAUCUCGAGCAGAUCCAUGCCCUCAUCAAGCACUAUGGACCGACUGUUUAUCUCCAUCCAGAUGAGAAUUAUUUGCCUUCCUCGGUUCCAUGGUUCUUCAAUAAUGGAGCUCUCCUUUACAAAGAUGGAAAGAACAGUGGUACAGCCAUCAACUCAAAAGGCUCAAACUUGCCUGCAGGAGGAAUAAACGAUGGUGAAUAUUGGCUCGAUUUGCCAAAAAAAGAUGAUGCAAAUAGAACCAAUGUCAAAUGUGGGAAUAUCGAGAGUGCAGAGCUCUAUGUUCAUGUUAAACCAGCUUUAGGUGGAACCUUCACAGAUAUUGCAAUGUGGAUAUUCUGUCCUUUCAAUGGACCGGCUACCGUCAAGAUUGGGUUGUUGAGUAUUGCUUUGAAUAAAGUUGGAGAGCAUGUUGGUGAUUGGGAGCAUUAUACACUCCGUGUCAGCAACUUUUCUGGUGAGCUUUGGAGUGUGUAUUUCUCGGAGCAUAGUGGUGGUGAAUGGGUAGACGCUUGCAACUUGGAGUUCAUCGAGGGUAACAAGUCAGUUGUAUAUGCAUCAAGAAAUGGCCACGCGAGUUUCCCACAUCCUGGCUGCUAUGUUCAAGGGUCUAGUAAACUCGGGGUAGGACUGAGAAACGAUUGUGCCCGCAGCAAAUACUACGUGGACUCUAGCAGCAAAUAUCAAAUUGUAGCUGUUGAGUACCUUGGAGAGGGAGUUGUUGCAGAACCACCAUGGUUGCAGUAUAUGAGGGAAUGGGGUCCAACCAUCAUAUACGACGGGCGAUCAGAAAUGGAAAAAAUUAUCAAACAUCUUCCUUUUUUCAUGAGAUUUUCGGUGGAGAGUCUCAUUGAGUUAUUUCCAACAGAACUUUAUGGUGAAGCAGGGCCAACAGGACCAAAAGAAAAGGAUAAUUGGUUGGGGGAUGAAAGAUGGUAGGUGGUUUGGCAAUGUGUUUUGGUACCCCUAGCAUAGUUGCUCAUGUUCCAAAUAUAUUUGAUUUGAGAAAGCUGCUAGUAGCCGUACUGCAAUAGGGUUCAAAUGAAAAAACCUUCUUUGGUAGCUCCCUCAAGCCUCUAAAAGUAUUGUUUGGAUUAAUUGAUUAUCCAAUUCUAUGUAAAUUGUAACAGCAAUCAUAAAUUUGCAUGAUUAGUCAAUUUCAUGAUCAAUAAACUAAUAGCCAAUCUCUCGAGUUA